GAAAACAACUUACACAACAGAGGCGGGAAAGGUCGAAGAGAGUGAGGAAGCCUGAAGUCUGCUGCCGAAGCCGAAAUCAUUUUCUAACAGAUUUUGAAAUGCCACCCACAAAUCGAGAUGAUAUUGAAGAGGAAUUCUCCAAUGAUAGCAAAGCCAGUUCAGAAAGUUCAAGCAGCGUCUUGACCUUUUCCCCAAGCCGGCCAGAGGGCUCACCUGAGAUGCCCGAGGAAAAGGCUCAUGGGCUCUCUCGCACAGCUUCUCCUGACACCGAAUCCAAAAGCCUUGAAGAUGAUGUGCUGACCACAGAUAUUAUUGCUGAAGAAGAAAAGUUAGAAUUGGCCAACGAUGAGCAAGAAAAAGCCUGGCGCAAGGAAGUACAAGACAGGGCAAAGGAAGAGGAAGAGUUAAAGGAAAAGAGGUACAAGAGACUGAUGCAUCUGCUCAAUAAGUCUCAGUUUUAUAGCCAGUUCCUCCUUCAGCAAAUUGAAACUCAGGAUACCAAGAAACAGAAGGGCAAAAAACCCAAGGCUGAAACCAGUGCAGAGAAAGAGAAUGCUAGCACUGAAGAGAACUCCCAGGGUUCAGAGAAGAGUGAUUCAAGUAAAGGCCGCAAGCGCAAGAACAAUUCAGGUGCACCAGCUGCUAAGAGAGUCAAGGAUGGGAAGUACAAGAUUAAGGAUGUUAUAGAUAAAGAGACGGUGGAAGCAAAAGUUGAAGCUGGUGUUUAUUCUGAGGAGGAUGAAGUGGUUGAGCAGGUGGAUCAACCUCGACUCUUUGAGAAUGGAACUAUGAGGUCAUAUCAGCUGGACGGAUUUUCCUGGCUCAGGGUACUUUAUGAAAAUGGUGUCAAUGGAAUCUUGGGAGAUGAGAUGGGUCUUGGCAAAACCAUCCAGUCCAUUGCCCUCCUGUGCCACCUCAUAGAUAGGGGUGUGCAGGGUCCUUUCCUCGUGGUGGCGCCUCUAUCUACACUCCCAAAUUGGAUGUCAGAAUUUGAAAGAUUUGCACCAAAGGUACCAACUGUAUUGUACCAUGGCUCUGAUGCUGUCAGGACAGAGAAAAGGAAAAUGUUCCAGAAGUUGUUACAAGUGGAAGGAACCUCAGUGCCAGUCUUUCCUGUUGUUAUUACAUCUUAUGAGGUGGUGAUCCGUGAUACGCGGUUCCUUGCAAGGUAUUACUGGCGCUACAUAUGUGUAGAUGAAGGGCACAGGAUAAAGAACCACAAUUGUAGACUUACAAAGUCCCUGAACACUUUCCCAUCAGCAAACCGUCUUCUCUUGACUGGCACACCCUUGCAAAACAACCUUGCAGAGCUGUGGUCCCUCUUGAAUUUCCUCAUGCCUGAGAUCUUUGACUCUCUGGAUGUCUUUGAGUCCUGGUUUGAUGUAACAGAGAUGAUGGAGGAUGGCAGUGAUGAAAAGAUCAUCCAGCAGGAGAGAGAGAAGCAGGUCAUAGGAACACUCCAAAAGAUUCUCAGUCCCUUCUUCCUGCGACGCAUGAAGAAAGAUGUCAAUCUUGAGAUUCCUCCCAAGAAAGAAUUACUUGUGUACACACCCAUGACCCCCCUGCAGCUGAAGCUUUAUGAGGCUACUCUGACUAUGGACUAUACUGUCUUUGAUAAUUUAAAGAAGGCAGAGGAGAAAAUAGAAUAUGAUAACAAAGGAAGACCAAAACGCAAAUCAAAGAAGGACAUAGACUAUUCUGCACUGCUUGAUGAAAGUGAAUCCCCUAAAUCCCUCGACAGGUUUCUGGAUGCUGUGAUGAAGAUGCAAGAAAAAGGAAGUGAUGAAGCUACAGCUAAGAAGACAUCAGCAGUCAAUAUCAAGCUGACAAACAGAAUGAUGCAGUGUCGUAAAAUAGUGAAUCAUCCAUACCUUAUCAACUACCCACUAACUCCAGAUGGAGAGUACAUGAUUGAUGAAGGGCUUCUAGAUUCUUGCGGGAAGCUGCAAGUACUUGACCAACUGCUGGGAGAAUUGUACAAGCGCAAACACCGAGUGCUCAUUUUCUCCCAAAUGACCAUGAUGCUUGAUAUCCUUGAAGAUUACCUCUCCCUCAGGCCCAAGUACAAUUAUAAGCGCCUUGAUGGAAGCAGAUCAUUAGAUACUCGGCAGAAUGACAUCAAAGAAUACAACAGCAAAGAUUCGAACAGCUUUAUAUUCUUACUAAGCACAAGGGCUGGUGGUUUAGGUAUUAAUUUAGCUUCUGCUGAUACAGUCAUCAUAUAUGACUCAGAUUGGAACCCACAAGCUGACCUGCAGGCACAGGAUAGAUGCCAUAGGAUUGGACAGACUCGACCAGUGUUGAUUCUUCGGCUCAUUACUGCAUCGACCAUUGAUGAGAGGAUUGUAGAGCGUGCUGCCACCAAGCGCAAGUUAGAGAAACUGAUCAUCCAGUCAGGAAAAUUCAAAGCUUCGAAACAGAGCGACAGGUCCUUAGACAAAGUCGUGGAUUCUGAUGAGCUUGUUACUCUCCUCAGCCAGAGAGAUCAUGAAAGAAUCCAUCGCACAAAUACAGGCCAUGUGUUUACAAAGGAAGAGCUAAAUCAAUUACUAGACAGAAGUGACCUGAUGCAGAAAAGGGAAGGAAAGGAGGUACCUGAACAAGACCUAACUGGUGUCUUCAAAGUUAUUCAUGUUGGACAGGAUGAAUAACCAGUGAAUGAGUACUUGAAGUUAAGAAAAAAAGGUCUAGUUCUUUAAGUUGGUAGUGGUAUCCUACUGAAGUCAUUGUAUAAGUUUUCUUUGUUAGAUGUAAAUACAAAUCUGUGUCCUUAUAAUUAUCAUUAACUAUUUCCCCAUCUCAACUGAAAAGAGUGCUAAACCUUUUUCUUUUUUCAAGUACUGUAAUUAGGUUGUAAAUAUUAUUAAAGAUAUUGUUGAUUGUUCAUUGAAAACUUUUCAUCAUUCAUUAUCAACCCAGUGAAAAAAUUGUGCCAUUUUAGAGGCAUGCAUGCUUACUUACAAAACAUUAUUGUUUGGAAGUGAGAUCAUAUUUAUUACUUAUUUUUCUCCUUUUUGUAAUGUAGUGAUUCUUUAUAACAGCAAAUUUUCUGAUCAAGCAAAGAUUCCUUUAUCUGUAAGCUGCAACAUUUCUUAAGG